UGGUUAGAAAUUCGAUAGGUAUCCUAUUGAGUUGAACAGAGCUGGCCGAGGAUGUAACACUGAUGCCUCGGAAGGAUGCGAGGUGCUGACAGCGCCGUCAUUCCUCCCCCAUAAAAUUAGCCAUAAGCUGACUUGCGGCUACUGACUAGGGGUUUUGUGUAAUAUUAAUGAGUAGCUCGUCCCUUUAAUUUUUGCAGAUAUCUGUCACACUCUAUUAACUCCGUAGUUCUUGCGUGGUUGGUGACAGCUUCUACAAUGUCUUUCUACUCAUAUUGGACACAAUUCUUCCCUCCUCGUGAUGGGGCACCGAUCACGGAAGCCAAUGUGUCUAGACUAGAUGGAAAGGUUUUCAUCGUGACAGGCGGGUCUUCUGGGAUAGGGUACGAGCUCGCACGAGUCUUGUAUGGUGCCGGUGGAAAAGUGUAUAUGCUCACGCGGACGAAGAAGAAUGCCGAGGAAGCAAUUGACCGCAUAAAAGCCCACUAUGCCGACAAAGAUGCGAAAACAGGAAGCUUGGAGUUCGUGUCGAUGGAUCUAUCAGACUUCAAGAGCGUCAAGGCGGCCGCCCAGCAAUUUUUGGACAGCGAAGGACCGGAUGGGAGGCUCGAUGUCCUGUUUAACAACGCGGGCACUGGCGGUUGGAAGGAUGCCCCACCCACUCCUCAAGGGCACGAGUAUCAUAUUACCGCCAAUUCGGUCGGGCAUUUCCUCCUGGCCCGGCUACUCACGCCCAUCCUCAGUCAAACUGCCAAGAAAUCCCCCAAGAACACCGUACGAGUGGUAUGGGCAGCGUCUAUCCUCGUUGAAAUGACGAGCCCGAUAAGCGGAAUAACGAAAGAAUUCUUGGAAGACCCAUUCUGCGAGAAGCACGCCGGUAUAUUAUAUGCGCAGUCGAAGACAGGAAAUUGGUUCUUAGCUACCGAAUUCGCGCGUCACCAAUCCGAAUCCGGGCCUUUCGGAUCCGAUGUCGUCCAUAUCGGCGGUAACCCGGGUAGCUAUAACACCAACAUCUGGCGCCACGUCAAGGAUCUGAUCAAAUAUUACCUUGUUUAUCCUACGCUGCGUGAUCCGGUAUACGGAGCGUAUACGUAUAUGUGGAUGGGCUUCUCGAACGAGGUGACUAUGGAGGCAGCCAAAGCUGGAAAUUACGCGAUAUGCGAUGGGAGGUGGCAUCCCGGACAGAGAGCGGAUCUCCUUCUAGCAAUAAAGGGGGAAGACGAAGGCGGGUCCGGACGGUCGAAAGAGUUUUUCGACUGGUGUGAGGAGAAAGUGAAGAACUUUAUGAAUUAAGGGUCAACUAUAUCCACUUGUGUUUGCUUUCCCGGCUGUAAGAUUAGAUGCCUAGACAUGUUAGAUAGGUGGUUAUGCAUAGCUGUUUAUAGAGAGAUAUUUGGGAUUUGAAAAUUGGAAAGUAUUUGGAAUCUUAGGUAC